GGGGAAUUAGUUAUUGUUUACAACGAUGUUAGUCCCAUCUCUCUCUGGCCUUUAGCGACCAUCUUAGAAAUUUAUACAAACACUUCCGAUUUCCCAAGCACGGCUAAAAUAAAGAUGUUAUCAGGACAUAUAACCACUCGUUCAGUAAAACAUCUUAUUCCUUUGGAAACGUUUGAAGAGAAACAACCAAACAUCCCGCCCAUAAUUGAGACCAAUAAAAUACCAAACCCUUUGAACAAUCCAACAGUUGAGAACUAUCAUUACCUGGAAUUAAGAAACAGAAAGAUCCCCAAACACUGAAUUUUCCUGGGGGAGCGUGCUUCGCAAUAUACCUCAUAAAUUUUUAAAAUUUUUUAAUUUAUUUCCCAAAUAUUUUUGUUUUAUUUUCAUUUAGCCAUUUAACCUAAUUCUUUUUAAUAACUUACCUUAUCCUAAUUUCAGAAUUAUUUUAUUUGAAUUUCUAUGGGAAAUAUUUUUGCCGUAGGCCUUGAAUUUAAUUACCAACCUAAAAAAGAAACUUUCGACUACGGAUUUUUGUCGUUUAUCCUAAUACUACUGAUUUUACUGAUUGCCACCGCCACAUUUCUGAUUUAUACUAUCCGCUCCCGGUGCCUUACACGAGUUCGAACUCGCCAUACUAUAGCUGUAAUAGCCUUCCUGAUUUGCUUCUUUUUAACUACUACUGAAAGCCUUCCCCUUUCCUUGAAGAAAUCAAACUCGUACUCCCCUAUAAAACACGCUAACUUUAAACCUAAGGCCAAUUUCCGAAAACUUACCAAGUCCUUGGCCGUUACUUCUGCCUCUCUCCUGUCCACGGCAGCCUUUUAUUUUGGAUUAGACUUACUCGGAAAUCACCUUUUGGAAGAACCAGAACUCUCGGCAGUAAUCCUUUGCAGUAUUGUCACUACCUUUCUCCUACUCCUAAUCCUCCUAACUAAUUUGUGGUCUAAUCGAAAGCGUUUAUUUAACCGCUCCACUACUGCCUCCCUUCCACCAAAUACUGAACUUACCUCUCACUCCCAUCCGCCUUCGAGCAUUUUAGACCGACCUUCCUCAUCGCUUUAAUUACUUUAAUUUAGAUACAUGCCCAGACAUACCCGAGCCCCUCUAACCGAGAAAGAAAUUAUCCCUAUUCUCAAACAUCUAAGCCUUUUACCUAAAAAACCUUCUCCCAUCAAGAAAAUGGAUCCAACCGACAACUUAUUCGAACCACUUACUCCUGAAAGCCCCCAAUAACAAUAAUGAAUCAACUCCCGAUCCUCCUAUUGACAACACCAUUAAUCAACCUAUUAUUUGCUCCUCUCUGCCGUCUGAAACUGUUG